CUGAAAUUCGAGGUCCAUCGUUGGCGGGCGAAUGUCUAUGAGCCCUUGGGACGUUAACUCACUCGCAAACAGACUUGAUCAGGAAAGGCGACCGUGUAUCACCAUCUUUAUCCUUGCGACUCUAUAAAAUGCCGCAUGCGACAUCACUGGAAGCGGAUGCAAAGAUGUCUGGCGAAGACUCGUCUAUGCCUGAUACACAGAUGACGAAUGACGACAGUCAGGAAAACCCAACAGAACAGGACACUGAAAUGGUCGAUCAGCCAGUCAACGAUGCUCAAGCCUCAGCUACCGCAUUGGAAAACAUGUUCGAUGAUGACGACGAUGAAGAUUCUGAAGAAUUCUCAUCGAGUGCUCCGAUAAAGCCAGAGGACCAACAGUCACGGCCACCAACAACCUCGCAGCCGAGAUAUGCAGAGCCCGAUACUCUCAGGCAAUUUUAUGGACGAUUGUUUCCAUUCCGUCACCUCUUUCAAUGGCUGAAUCAUUCUGCAACUCCCAAGGCGGACUUCCAGAACCGCGAAUUCUCAUUCUGGCUCCCCGGCAACAGAGUCAUUCGCUACCUAGCUUUUCCAUCGUCCGACUUGUUGCGCAAGCAGUGCAUGCAGAUGACGCCUGAGCGUUUCGAAAUUGGCCCACAGUACAACAUGAAUCCCAAAGAUCGAAAGACGUUAAAGAACUCAUCCGCCUUCAAGCCCGUCAUGAAAGAGUUGGUCUUCGAUAUCGAUAUGACAGAUUAUGAUCCGAUCCGAACAUGCUGUCAAGGGACAAAGAUCUGCAUCAAAUGUUGGCAAUUCAUCGUCAUGGCCAUCCGAGUUGUUGACGUCGCUCUGCGUGAAGACUUUGGAUUCAAGCACAUCAUGUGGGUGUAUUCCGGUCGAAGAGGAGCGCACGCAUGGAUUAGUGAUAAAAGAGCACGUGAGAUGGAUGACCAAAAGCGGAAAGCUGUUGCGAACUACCUCGAGGUCCUCCGAGGCAAUGAGCAAGGGAAACGACACGCACUGAGACGCCCGUUGCAUCCACAUGUUGAACGAUCUUUAAAGAUCUUGACACCAUAUUUCCAAAAUGAGGUAUUGGCCGAUCAAGACCCAUGGGAGACGAGCCCACAGGCAGAAAAACUGCUGAAUCUCCUAUCCGAUAAAUCCUUGACCACGGCGUUAAAGAAGAAGUGGGAUUCAGCUGCGUCGGAACGAAGCUCGAAUCAAAAGUGGGCCGAUAUCGAUGCAGUUGCCGAAGCUGGUAACCUCUCGACCUUUUCCACCAAACAAUUAGUCGAAGCAAAACAAGACAUCCGUCUCGAAUACACAUACCCGCGUCUUGACGCUGAGGUCUCGAAGAAGCUGAAUCAUUUGCUCAAAUCGCCCUUUGUCGUUCACCCUGGUACAGGUCGAGUCUGUGUACCCAUCAAUAUCGAUGAGCUCGACAAAUUUGAUCCAUUUGAGGUCCCAACAGUGACGGAGUUGCUCCAGGAAGUUGAUCAAUGGGAUGCUAAAGACGGUUCGACUCUCAGCGAAGAGGAGAAAGCGAAGGUUCAGGACUGGCAAAAGACAAGGCUGAAGCCAUAUGUCGACUAUUUCCGAGGUCAUGUCGCUCGAUUGUUGCAGGAAGAGAGCAAAGGCAAGCGGAGCAGGGAAGAUGCCGCCGACAGCAUGGAAUUCUGAAGAGCAUACACGGCCUGGCGAAUCUUCGAACGACACACGUUCACUCAAUCUGAAACCACAUCCAACGCACAUUCUCUCGGAGGCAUGGGACAUAUGCAAAUACGCUCUUUGUGUGUGUUGACCACGAUUGUCGGCGUCUGAUUUACGCUGGCUAUCAUGCGAGAUGACGAGCUCCCAAUUUGACACUUCUUUGGUUGGCGGCGUCGAGUUCAAAUCGGUAUAUCAUAAUCUCGUGGUCCUUCGGUGCUAAACAGAACUACAACCAUAUCAUUCCGCUCUUCUCGGCUCAAAGUCACGAGGUACUUUCGCAUGG